AUGACUAGUCCAACUCGAGUAAUUUCAUCACCAACUGCUUCUCGUGUAACUACUAUUAUUCAAAAUACAACUGUUAUUAGUCCUCGAUCAAUUUCUACUCGUAGUCAAUUGGAAGAAAGUAUCAGUACACUUCAAAAUGAACAAGAACGUGUACAAAAAAAAACAUUUACAAAAUGGGUUAAUAUUUAUUUAUCAUUACAUGAACCACCAUACUAUAUCAAUGAUUUAUUUGAAGAUUUUCGAGAUGGAACAAAACUUGUUGCUCUACUUGAAGUUCUUUCAGGACAAACAUUGCCAAUCGAACGUGGUAAAAAACGUGCUCAUUGUCUUAGUAAUGUAGACAAUGCAUUGAAAUAUCUUGAAAGUCGAAAGAUCAAACUAGUCAAUAUACGUCCUAUUGAUAUUGUCGAUGGAAAACCAAUGAUGAUUUUGGGUUUAAUAUGGAUGUUAAUUCUUUGUUAUCAGAUUGAAGAUUCAAGUAUGUUUGAUGAAAGUUCAAAAGAUAAUCGUAGUAAAGCAAAAGAAGCUUUACUUGAAUGGGUUCGAAAGAAAACAUCAGGAUAUUAUUCAUCAUCUGAAUCGCUUAGACAAAUUGAUGGUUUGGAUGUGCGAGAUUUUACAUCGAGUUGGCGUGAUGGUCUUGCUUUUAAUGCAUUAAUUCAUGCAAUUAGACCAGAUUUAGUUGAUUUACGUCGUGUUACACGAAUGGAUGUUCGUGAAAGAUUAGAAAAUGCAUUUACUGUUGCUGAACAACAACUUGGUGUACCACGUUUAAUUGAUGCUGAAGAUGUUGAUGUAGUUAAACCAGACGAAAAAUCUAUCAUGACAUAUGUUGCUCAAUUUUCUCGUCGAUUUCCUGAUUUACCAUUUGGAUCAAUAAAUAAAGAACAUGGAGAACUUCUUCGAUGGGUUUCAGAUAUUCGACAACGUUUAACACUCGUUAUUGAAGCACCCAUCCAAGACAUUCAAGCUGAAUAUAAAGAGUAUGUAAAACAACUAAGAGAAUUUAUUGAAAAGCAAAAGCAAUGGAAAGCAUUCGAACGUAAAGAAUCCAAAUCUCCAAAUUUUCCCGGUGAAAAAUUAAAAGAAUUAAAAGAUUUCUUUGAUGAUAUUACACUCAGAAUGAAUCGAUGGAGAUUUAAAUUAGAUACAAAUCUUCCAGGUGAAUUAGGACAAGUAGCUGAUUGGAUAAAUACAGCUGAAGAAGUCUUAUCAAGGGGAAUUAAUUUCGAUCGAUUAAAAUCAUCACCAGAAGAAAAUAUUCAACGUUUCAAUCAACUCAAUGAAGAACAUGCUGCGAUAUUUACUGAUAAAGAAGUUAUGUUAAAAACAUUUCAACGUGUAAAACGUGAUUCAUCAAUAAUUAAUAAACAAAUUUCACUUGAACAUUUAACAAAUUUAAAUGAACGUCUUGAUAUAAUAAUGAAUGCUAGUGAAGAACGUGGUCGUUAUUUAGAGUUUGAAGAAAUACGUUGGAAAGUACAAAAAUUAUUUGUACAAUUAGAAUUUUUUAUUAUGGAAUUAAAUAAAAAACAAGGAGAUAUUAAUCAAACAGAAAAAUUAUAUAAUGAAUAUCAAAGAAAAAUUUAUGAUGAAAAACUUCAUAUUAAUAUUGAAAGUUUAUUACCAGAAUUAAAUCGUAGAGCACAACAUUAUAGUCAAUUAGGAAAGAAAGAUGAUCAUAUAUCAAAAGAAUUUAAUGCAUAUUGUGAAAAUAUUCGUAAAACAAUGAAAAAUUUUAAUAUUGAUCUUAAAGCAAAAGAAAAUAUGUUACAAGAAACAAUAAAUAAUUGGAAAAUUUAUCAUAAUUUAUAUGAUUCAUUAGAAAAAUGGUUCAGUGAAGGUGAACAUAUUCUUCGACGAUCAUCAGAAGAAAAACUUAAUUUUUUUGUCAAUAUGGAACAUUGGUCUCAAAUUCAUGAAAAAUUACGUUUAGCUAUUGAACGUUUAAUAGCUGUAUGUGAUGAUGAAUUUACAACAGUUUUACAUAAUAAAUUAUUAUUUAUAAAUCGUCGAUGGAAAGAAAUAGUUGAAUCUGUUCAACAAUUUAAACAAAAUGAAUCAAUAAAAAAAAAACGUGAUGAAUUUUAUGCUGGUCGUGCAAAAUUAUUAGAUACAUUAGAUAAAAUUGAUCGAGAAAUGCAAGAACAUUUACCAUGUACAAUAAAAGCACUUCGAGAACAAGAAAAUCGUCUUUAUGAUGCUCAAGCUGAAUUAGAUAUGUUUAAUCAAACAAUUCAAAUACUUUCAAAAUUAAGUCAAACAAUAGCACGUGAAAGUGGUGAAGUAAAUGCAUCAACUGAAAUGAAUUCUCUAUUACAAAUAUGUUUUGAUAAAUUACAUCAUGUAAAAGAAUAUAUACCAAUAAUAUUAAAACGUAAUAAAAUUAUGCUUGGACAUUUACAAAAAUUUGAUGAUGGUUUACAAAAAUGUCAACAAUGGUUUAAUGAAGCUAAUCAAUUAAUUAGUCGAUAUUCAAUUCAAGUACCUGUUAAACGUAUUGAAGAUUUUCUUGAACAACAUCGAAAUUUCUUUGCUGAUAUUGGUUAUUAUAAAUCAUUACUUGAAAGUAAAGCUAAAUUAAUAGUUACAAUAAAAAAAUCUAAUGAAAAUUCAAUUCCAUUAAAUUUUACUCCAAUUGAUGAACAAUAUAAACAAUUAAUCGAUAUAUUUGAACAAAUUUGUCAACAAAUAUCUUAUUGGGAAAAAGAAUUUACUUUACAUUCACAAUUAUGGAAAGAUUUUCAUCAACGUUUAAAAUAUCUUGAAGAAUGGAUUAAUCAAGCACAAAAUAUUGUUCGAGAAAAACAUGAUGAUUAUGUUUAUCUUAUACAAAAACAUAAGAAUUUUUUUCAAAUAAUUGAUGAUGAAAUUCUUCAUGGUUUUAUUAAAUCUGGUCGUGAACUUUUACAUAUACGUGAACAAAUUGAACAAAAAGAAAUUCAAUAUCUUAUGGAUACACUUGAAUCAAAAUGGAAUACAAUUAUAUGUUAUGCACCAAUACGUUUAUUACGUUUACAAUAUGAACGUAUUGAAAAUAUUGUUGUUAAAGAAUUAAAACAAGCUGAAGAUGAACUUAAUGAUGAACUUCAACAAUUAGAAAAACAAUAUGAUAUAGCAUUAAUUUUACGACGUCAUAAUGAACGUUUUCAAUUAAAUAAUUUUCAACCAACUAUUGAAACACAUAUGAAAAAUUUAUAUUUAUUUGCUAAUGAUAUACGUUCAAAAGAAACAGAUAAUAUUAAUAAUAAUUAUGAAAAUGAACAUAUUGAUCAACGUACAACAAAAUUAAAUGAUUAUUGGACACAUAUGCAAGCUAAAAUUGAUAAUGUUAGAAGAAAACUUCAAACAAUACCAAAAAAAUGGCAAGAAUUUGAUGAAAAAUUUCAUCUUGUUGAAACAUGGAUGACAACUAUUGAACGAUCAAUGAAUGAUACAUUGAAUAUGGAAGUUUCAUUUGAUGAAUAUAAAUUAAUUGUUAAUAAAUUUAAGAGUGAUGUUCAACAAAUCGAUACAAUAUCUUACGAUGUUAAAACUUUAUCUACACUCUUAGAUGAAUUAAUUGAAGAACGAGCAACUGAUGAUCCUGCUCGUUAUCGUCAACGUCUCGAUGGACUUCUUGCACGUUAUCGACAAUUACUUAAUUCUAUUGAUGAAGCUUCCCAACGUUGUACAGUUGUUAUUCCUGCUAAAAUGAUACAUGAAAAUAGUCUACAAUUAAAUACAUCAUUAAUCAAUAUUUCAAAUGCACCAAUGAAUUUUCGUGAUCUAUCUGAUGUUCGUACAGCUGUACAAGGUCAAAUAAGAGUAUGUGAUGUAUUAGGAAAUUUUUCUCAACAAGUUAAUGAACUUGUUACACGAGGUAAUGAAUUAAUGAGACAAUCAAUGGUACCAAAAUAUGUUCAACAAGAUAUACAAAAUACACAAAAAUUAUAUAAUGAAAAAGUUCAAUCAGCACAAGAAUUCUUAGAAAGAUUUAAACAUCUACUCGAAUUAUGGGAACGUUUUGAUGCAAAUAAACGUCGUUAUCAACAACAAACUGAACGAUUAAAUAAUGAACUUACGCAAUUAAAAUCAAAUCAAAAUUCAAUAAUAUCAUUUCAACAUGAAAUUGAUAAUUGCAAAUAUCUUCGAACAUCAUAUGUUGAUUUAAAAUUAAUUCUUGAUGAAAAUGCUCAAUAUCUUCAAACAAUUUCAACAAAUAAUUUAUUACCCUAUGAAAAUUUACAAAAACUUAAAUUUGAUUAUGAUAAUAUGAUUGAAGAUUUAACAGAAAAAUUACGAAUCAUUGAUGAAGUUUUACAAAAUUUAAUUUAUGAUAAUAAUAAAUGGACACAUUUUAAUGAUGAAUUAAAACGUUUAGAAACAUUAUUUAGAGAAAUUGGUUCAAUGUUUGAUGCAAAAAUGUUUGGAGAUCGAGCACUUGAAGAAAAACAACAAAUUUUAGAGCGUACUCGUACUGAACUUGGUGAACAUUUACAUUCAUUAUCAAUCUUACAUUCUGAUGGUACAAAUCUUGAAUCUCUUCGUUCUCGACCAAAAGAUUUACAAAAUGUUUUAAAUCGUUUAACACAAUUACGUAUAUUAGCUGAAACAGCAUCUGGAAAAGUAAAUCGAGAAGAAGAACAAGUAGUUGAAUGUCGAACACAUGUUCAAAUAGCACAACGUUAUAUACAACAAUUACAACCAUGGAUUGAUCAAGCAGAAUAUUAUCUUACUAAACGUCUUGAUCAAAGCGGAGCAUUAAAUUUAACUGAAGCUAAACAAUUAUAUGAUAAACAUAAAGAUUUUCUUGAAGAACGUCGUCGUAUGUUAUCUAUUUAUAAUAAUUUAUUAGAAGAAGAACAUAAUAUAACAGAUCAAUAUGAAUUAAAAUCUUUAAUAAAAUCAUUAUCAAUACGUUGGCUUGAAAUAAUUCGAAAAUCUGAUGAAUUAACACCAAGAUAUGAUAAACAAUAUUCAUCAUGGUUAUUAUUUGAAUCGGAAUUAAAUUCAUUUCGUGAUCAAAUAUUAGAAGAACUUGAAAAACGAGUUAAUACAACAGUUUCAAGUGAUAGUAAUAAAUUAUUUGAUCUUACACGAAUUAAUACUUUACUUAAUGAACUUCGAGUAUUGGAUGAAAAUAUUCAUAAUCAUACAUCAAAUUAUAAUCGUUUUCAUAAACAAUUAACUGAUUUAAGACAAUAUACUUCAACGGAAGGUCAGCGAAUUCUUCAUGAAGAACAAAUGUCAAUUGAAAGUCGAUGGCAUCAAAUUAAUCGACUUACAACUGAUAAACUUCGUGAAACUGAACGUUUAUAUGAAUCUCGUAAAUCAUUUCAUAAUCGUUUUGAAAUGUUCGAACGAAGUGUUCGUGAUAUAACUGAACAAAUUGAACACAAUGGACAAAUUCAAACAACAACAUGGAAUCAAACAUUUCAACAAUUACAACAUACUCAAAAACAAUUAGAAACAAUUCAACCAAUAAUGUCUACUAUACGACAAGAAUUAAUUGAUUUUGAAUUUUCGGGUCUUUCAAAAACAGAUUUACAAACUAUACAAAAUACAUUUGAUACUCUUCGACAACGAAUAAAUACUUAUGAAACUAUAUUACAUAAACGUCUUGAUUUAUUACAACGUUAUGAAGAACAUAUGAAAUAUUCAAUAGAAAUUCGAAAAAAAUUACAAAAAAUUAAUGAUGAAAUUCAACAAAAACAACAAAUGAAAAUGAAUCAAAUUGAUUUAUUUAAAAGUGAAAUUGAAUGUUAUACUAAUGAUUUACGUGCUAUUCAAUCUGAAAGUAAUAUUCUUGAUCGUUUAAUGGAAGAAAGUAAUACAACUCUUAUGGAUUCAACAAAUAGAAAUAUUUUUUUUGUUGUCGAAUAUCGAACAAUUCAAAAUCUUGUCGAUACAAUUGAUAGUAAAUUGUUUCAACGUCGUGUACAAGCUCAAGAAUUGGAACGAUUAUUAGAUGAUUUUGGUCAAGCUCAUACUAAUUUACUUCAUCGUAUUAAUGCACUUAGUAGUAAUCUUCGUGCAGCUCGUCUUGUUGGUUAUUCAUCACGUGAUAUCGAACAUUUAAUAGCUAUUAUUAAGACUCUCAAUCGAGAGAUUCAAGGUGAAGAUACACAUCUAAAUACAUUACGUACUAAAUAUAAAACUUUCUCAUCGGAUUUAACUAAUCAAGAACAACAACAAGCAGAAACAAUGAUGAAUAAAAUUCAAGUUGAAUUAGAACAAUUACAAGAACAAAUUGAAAAACGUAAUGAACGUUUAAAUUCUUUAAUUCAUCAACGUCAAGAAUUAGAUCAAACAUAUGAUCAUUUUAUUGUUUGGUUUGAAGAUAAACAACGUUUAGUUUCUCCUGAUCAAACAAUACCAUUAAAAACAACUGAAAUUGAACGAAUACUAAAGAAAUAUAGUGAUGCAUUAAAUGAAAUUAAAGCUCAACGAAUUAUACUUGAUAAUAUGAUUAAAUUAAAUGAAAAUGUCAAACAAGGUUAUUAUUAUGAAGAUAAAACUGAUUAUGAUCUUCAUAUAGAUGAAUUAGUUCGUAAAAUAAAUAAUUUAGAAGAAACACUUAAUGAUCGUUAUCGACAUUUAAAUUUAGCUAAUGAACAACGAUGUGAUUUUGAUCGAAUUAUGAAUAAACUUAAUGAAUCGAUUAAAAGUACUGAACAACAAAUUAAAGAUCCAUUUACAAAUGAUCUUCAACAAGCAACUAAUGUUCUUAGAGAAAAAUCUAAAAGUGUACAAUCUUUAUUUCAAUCAACAAGAGAUCGUAUGAAUGAAUUCGAAGAUUUAACACGUAUUCAUGGUAUUGUUGCAUCAACAUUAAACGAUGCUGAACGAAUAACAUUAAAUGAAAAAUAUAUCGUACUUAAAGAUAAAUACAAUCGUUUAUUAGAUAGUUUAAAUCAACGUAUUGCUUUACUUGAUGAAGCAAUUCGUGAACGAAAUGAAUUCGAUCAACAAAAUGAUCAUCUUCAAAUACUUUAUAAACAAUUAGAAAAUGAAUUUACAAAACAAAAACAACAAAAACUCAAUGAUAUUAAUUAUCCAUCAAAUGAACGACGUUUAGAACAAUUUAAACAAUUAUUAAAAUAUCUUGAUGAAACAACAAAUCAUUUUAAAGAAGUAACACGUAUACAACGUUUAUUAACAAAUAAAGGUCAUCGUAUUGAUUUUCGUAUUGGUGGUGAAUUAAAUGCAAAUUUAAAAAAUCUUGAUGGACAAAUACAUAAUGAAAUUGAACGAAUUGAAAGAGCUUUACAAACUGAAAAUGAUUUUCAUCAUUUAGAUAAAGAACUUGAUUCAUAUUUACAAAUAUCAUCAGAACAAUUAAAAUCAUCUCAACAUCAUCAAGAUAAAGGAAUUAUUUUUCAGACUGUUUCUGAUCGUUUACAACAAGCUGAACAUGAAUUAAAUAAAUUAAUUCAACUUAGUGAACGUCUUAUUAAUGAUCUUCCUCGUUCACAAUAUGACCAAUUAAAACGUAUUAUUGAACGUCGUCAAGAACGUCUUCAAACAUUAAAUAAAACAUGUCAACAAGCUCGUGGUGAACAUGAACAUAUGAUUAAAACACAACAUAAAUUAAAUGAAGAUUUAAUAGCAAUUAAUGAUUGGUUUAGAAGACUAAUACAAGAUUUAAGUCAACCUCUUGAACUUAAUAUAUCAUUAAAUAAUGUUAAUGAUCUUCAAGAUUCAAUGAAUCAACUUGCAAUAUCAAUCGAUCAACGUUUAGUUCGUAUUGAACAAGCUCUUCGUGAUGAACCAAAUCUUAUUAGUUCAAGUGAUACAGAAAUUCGAGAACGAUUAAAUACUGUCGAAGAACUUAAACAUCAAGUUAAAAGUCAUCUUAAUAAAAAACGUAUUAUACUUGAUGAUGUUCAUCAAGGUAUUACACAAUAUAUUAAACUAACUACUGAAGUGAAAACAGUUAUAUGUGAUGCUGAUUUUAGAUUAGCACCAUUUUUUGAUGGUUAUGAUCGUAAACGUCUUGAUGAACAUGAAAAAGAAUUAAAUUUUCUCGAAGAAGUCUGUGCUAAACAAAAUUAUCGUCUAGUUGAAGCACACAAAAUAGUCGAAACAUUUCGAUCAUAUUUACGAAGUAAUGCUAGAGAUUUAUGUGAUAAUCAACUUCGAAAUUUUCAACAAACAAUCGAAGAACUUGAAACUCGAAUUCAUCAACGUCGUAAAGAAAUUGAUGAAAUUCGUCAAAAAUCAAAUCGAUUUAAUUCAAGUAUUGUUCAUUUACAAUCUGAUGCCGAUCAUCUUUUACAUAUGAUUGAAAAGUCACCUGAUACUGUCGAAAAUCUUGUGUCUGAAAUGGAUUCAACAUUUUCUGCUUUACAAUAUCUUGGACGUGAUUUAAAAAAAUCUUUAGAUGUAUCAAGUUCAACUGAUAUUGAUCGGGAAUUAAAAGAUAUAGCUAGUUCAGUUGAAACAGUCCGUGAUAGUCUUGAGAGAGCGAAAAAAUCUCACGAAGAAAAUGAAACAGUUCGUGAUCGUAUUGAACGAAUAUUAAGUAAAAUAAAAUCAUUUAUAAAUAGAAAACGACAAGAAUUACAUCAAAGUAUUGAUAGUGGAUAUGGAAGUAUUGAUUUAGUACGACGAUCAGUUGAAAUGAAGAGUUUCAUGAAAGAUCUGGAUAUAGAAAAUUCACAUGUAUCUGAAGUCAAAGAACUUAUUUUAACACUACUUGAUAAAAAAUAUGAUCAACAAACAAUUCGUUCAUUAGAAAAGAAACAAGAAGAUGCCUUAAACGAUCUUCAAUGUUUAAAAAAUGAAGCCAUAAAAACAAUUGAAAAUCUUGAUAAUCAACUUCAAGAACAAGAAAAACUAAGACAAAAUGCUCGAACAAUGUUAUCAAUUAUACAACGUACUAAAGUAUUAUUAAUAGAAUUACGUCCAACAAUGAGUAACGAAGCAAAUCAAAAACUCGAAAAAAUCAACGAAGAUCUAACAAAAAAUUUUCAUCUUUUCGAACAAUCAUUAGAUGAUUAUAAAAAUGAUUAUGGAGAUUUAUCGGAUGAUUUAGAUAAAAUAAUCAUUCGAGUUUAUGAAGAUAUGGAUGAUAUUAAAAUUCGUUUUAAUGAAAAAACAGCAGAAUUGAAUGAUUAUAAUAUUCUACGUAAUGAAUAUGAAAAUUGUAUUGAAAAUAUUUCAAAAAUUUCUCAAAUUAUUGAAACAAAAACUCGGAAAGCAAAUGUAAAAUUAAAUUUAGAUUCAUUAAAAGAUUUAACAGUUGAAAUGCAAGCCCAUCGCUCACUACUUGAUCGUUUACAAUUACUUUCAUCAACAUUAACAUCACAAUUAACAGAUUCAAAUGAACGUGAUCGUAUAAGACGUUGUCUUAAUGAAGUAACACGUCGAUGGACAGACCUUGAACAAAAUUUACUUAGUGAAGAAGAAGAAAUAACAGAAAUGAAUCAUCUUAUUCAACAAUAUAAAGAUAUUCAUUCAAUAUGUGAACAUUGGUUAAGACAAACAAAAGAUUUAAUUAAUGAAUUAACAAAUACAACAACUAUUGAGAUUUUUAAUCAACUAAUUCCUAAAGCUAAAAAUAUUUUAACAGAAUAUCAAUCAAUAUUUGAACAUUUAGAACGAUUAAGAAAUCGACUUAAUCGAACGAUUCAAACUAAUCGAACACCAGAAGCAACAUUGAAGGUACUGCAAUUUUAG